AUGCUCCAGAAGUGGCAGAAGAGGGAGAUCAGCAACUUUGAUUACCUCAUGUACCUGAACACAUUGGCUGGCCGCAGCUACAAUGAUUACAUGCAGUAUCCUGUGUUUCCGUGGGUCCUUGCUGACUAUCACUCCGAGACUCUAAAUCUUUCUAAUCCUCAUACAUUUCGGGACCUGUCAAAGCCCAUGGGAGCACAGACUGUUGAGAGAAAACGCAAGUUCAUCCAGCGCUACAAUGAGGUGGAGAAGAGUGAGGGAGACCUGUCAGCCCAGUGCCAUUACUGUACUCACUAUUCAUCAGCAAUUAUAGUGGCAUCUUACCUGGUCCGAAUGGAACCAUUUACCCAGACCUUCUGUUCUCUGCAGGGUGGGAGUUUUGAUGUUGCAGACAGGAUGUUUCACAGUGUCAAGAGCACGUGGGAAUCGGCAUCAAGGGACAACAUGAGCGAUGUCAGGGAACUCAUCCCUGAAUUCUUCUACUUGCCAGAGUUCCUAACCAAUGUGAAUCACUUUGAACUUGGCUGCAUGCAGGAUGGAACAGUGCUGGGAGAUGUGCAGCUUCCUCCUUGGGCAGAUGGGGACCCCCAUAAAUUCAUUCUCCUGCACAGAGAGGCACUGGAAAGUGACUAUGUCAGUGCACACCUCCAUCGCUGGAUAGAUCUGAUUUUUGGCCACAAGCAACAUGGCUCAGCUGCAGUGGAGGCAGUUAACACCUAUCACCCUUACUUUUAUGGAGACAAGAUGGACCUCAACAAUAUUAAAGAUCCUCUGAUUAAGAGCACCAUCCUGGGUUUUAUCAGCAACUUUGGACAGAUACCAAAGCAGAGCUGUGGCAUCAAAUCUGAAUUCUGCUUCUUCACUUAUGCCCAAGGGAAAAGUUCAUCAGGAAGAGAGACUGUGCUCCCCCUUCACUCAAGUGGAAUUCUUCCUCCUUUUAUGAGCAGCCUGCAAAAUCUGAAGCUCUCACCAGUUACAAUAAAAGACUAUCCCAAGGGAGCUAUUGGGCACAUCGUUCAUACUGAGAAAAGCAUUCUGGCUGUCGAAAAAAAUAAAGUUUUGAUUCCUCCUCACUGGAACAAAACAUUCUGCUGGGGAUUUGAGGAUUUCACCUGCUGCUUUGGCAACUAUGGGUCUGAGAAGAAUGUGACUACAUUUGAGUGCAUGGCAGACUGGGGAAAGUGCCUCUGCGCUGUGUGUCCUACAGCAACUACCAUAAUCACAUCUGGAACAAGCUCGGUUGUGUGUGUCUGGGAACUUUCAUUGGUGAAGGACAAAGUGAAAUGUCUAAACUUCAGACAGGCUUUGUAUGGGCACACUCAGGCAGUGACCUGCCUUGCUGCAUCUGUGACCUACAGCAUCUUCGUGAGUGGAUCUGAUGACAGAACCUGCAUCAUUUGGGACCUGAACCAGCUGACGUACAUAAACCAGCUUCCUGCCCAUGAGGCAAGCCUCUGUUCUGUUGCCAUCAACAAUUCAACAGGUGCUAUUAUCUCUUGUGCUGGAUCUUACCUAUAUCUGUGGACAGUCAAUGGCCAGCUUCUUGCAAGCAUUAACACCACCUGUAGCCCUGAAAGCCAUAUUGUUUGCUGCUGCUUUGCUGAAGUGAUGGACUGGGACACACACAGCAUCAUCAUCACAGGAAGCACAGAUGGAGUGGUGAGGCUGUGGAAGAUUGAAUACACCAAUGCUCCAGGCCAAGCUGCUGGACUGAGACAGCAGAGAGGCACGAUGGAAGAGCCAGGCAACACGGGUAACAAGUGUGGAAAACAUCUUGUUCUCUGUCGGGAACUGAAUCUCAGCCUUGCCUUGACUGGAAAACCAAGUAAGACCAGCCCAGCAGUGACAGCGCUGGCUGUAUCCAGAAAUUCCUCCAAGCUCCUAGUUGGUGAUGACUGGGGAAGAGUCUGCUGCUGGUCUGUGGAUGGGUAGGAAGAAAUAGCCAAGAACUCUUGUUCUUUCAGCCUUUUGGAUGGAGAGAAAAUUACCUUUCAGCCCAUGAAAAAAUCAGAGAAACUGGAAGCCUAUGUUUCGGGACUGAAUCUCAAAGGAGUUGUUGGACUGACCCUGCAGUCAGUUCUCAUUGAAAUUAGGGAAUGAACUCCAAAGCUGUGAGAGAGACACUGACAGACAUGCACAUAGACAAUGUGAUUUUGCAGUACUUGUCCUGGGAAAACUUUUCUAUUUUGAAUGUUAUUUUAGAUACUGAAUUUGACAUAAUACAUUGUAUUUCAUAAAUAAUAGCUAUCAAAUAAA